AUGAACAUUCAACCAAUUAUAAGUGGAGAUUGUGUUAAGAUAGCAAUCAAUUUUUAUAAUAAAAUGACAUUUAUUGAUCCAGAUACAAUAGAAUUUGAAGAACCAUAGAUUGAAUAAUCUAAAGAAUGCAUUUGUCCAAUUUAAAGUUUGUUCUUUGAUUGGGUGAGUAUAUAAUAUGCAAAAUAGAGACCAUAAUUGAAUGAUUAUCAAGUUCAUCCACAUUUAAAUUUAAUAGAUUGUAGAUGUGCUGGAGUUGAUACAGUGGCAUAUUAAUUUGUUUAUGAAGCAUGUGAAUUAGGUAUGCUAUAGCACAAUGAACAUCUUAGGAUCAUUUAGAAAUGACCUUAUAGGAAUUCCUAUUGAAGUUGUAUAAUAAGGAUAAGAAGUAGUAACAGAAUUGAACAAAGUAGGUCUUGUAAGUGAUAGAGAAUGUAAACUCCAAUUAAGAAAACAAGAUUAACUAAUAUUCUAUUUAACAAGUGGAGAUUGA